CCUCUUGAGUAUUUGAUCACCACCCCUAUCUCCUUUAAGGGCCUAAGUAUAUAGUCAGUAACUCCAGCCACUUUGCCGUGGGUUCCAACAGCUUUGAGAUUUGGAGUCCCGCAGCCUGUGUGCUUUCUCUCCACCCUGCUCAGAAGUUAUGGUCUACUACUUCAACCAUUCUGUUGGAGCUGAACAGGCAGAUGAAGGUGGCACCCUGGCACCCUGGACCCCCCUACUUCUUUGGGUAUGAAGAGCGUUGCUGUUUUCAUUGUCUUCAUCUUCUGGACAACCUCCACCCUCAGCAGCUUCUGGCAGUUCCAGAGGAUGGUCAAACACAUCAUAGGCCAUAAUGCCUUCUUCUUCUAUUAUGGAUACGGCUGCUACUGUGGGCUUGGAGGCAGAGGGAUUCCUGUGGACGCCACAGACAGAUGCUGCUGGGCUCACGACUGCUGCUACUACAGGCUUAAGGAGUAUGGCUGCCAGCCCAUCUUGAAUAGCUACCAGUUCAGCAUUGUCAACGGGACUGUGGCCUGUGGAUGCAUCGCGGGUGGCAGCUGCCUCUGUGGGCAGAAGGCCUGCGAGUGUGACAAGCAGUCUGUGUACUGCUUCAAGGACAACCUGGACACCUACAACAAGCCCUUCAAGCAGAUCUUCCUCAGCCGACCCCCAUGCAGCAAGCACAAACUCAGAUGCUAG